AUGGUUCCCGGCUGUGUGGUUGAACUGGCAGAGUGCACCAAGGCAGAGUGCACCAAGGCAGAGUGCACCAAGGCAGAGUGCACCAAGGCAGAGUGCACUAAGGCAGAGUGCACCAAGGCAAAGUGCACCAAGGCAGAGUGCACUAAGGCAGAGUGCACUAAGGCAGAGUGCACCAAGGCAGAGUGCACCAAGGCAGAGUGCACCAAGACAGAGUGCACUAAGGCAGAGUGCACCAAGGCAGAGUACACCAAGGCAGAGUGCACUAAGGCAGAGUGCACUAAGGCAGAGUGCACCAAGGCAGAGUGCACUAAGGCAGAGUGCACUAAGGCAGAGUGCACCAAGGCAGAGUGCACUAAGGCAGAGUACACCAAGGCAGAGUGCACUAAGGCAGAGUGCACCAAGGCAGAGUGCACUAAGGAGAGUGCACCAAGACAGAGUGCACCAAGGCAGUCUUUUGACAAGCAGGAGACCCUUGUUCACAUCCACCUUCUGUCCUCACAUGAAAACCAGUGA